UUUUUUUAUACAGAUUACUUUUACACCCGUAAAGGCUGCAACAUCAAUCAUUUCUCCUUCUCUCUAGCUGCAUUCUUGCAGCCAUUGAGAAAUACUGUGUGAGCUGUGAUUGGUCACAGCUUGUCACAUGGUACAAGGCUGUUGUGAAUAGCCUUGUACCAUGUGACCUCUGUGAUCAUUCACAGAUUUCACACGUAGUAAGCAAUGAUGUCAGAGGUGACAUCUUGCUCACUACUCUGCAUGUGAUCAAUGAUUGGCCAAUCAGUGAUCACAUGAUCGGGACCUCACACAGAGGUCCCAUACAACGAUCGGUGUUCCACUGUGUCCUCCAGAUACAGCAGGCACCAGAUCGCGAUGCUGCGCGCUUCCCAGGGAGCGCGCACAAACACAGAGAGGGGAGGACGUUUAUAAACGGCCACCUGCCCCUGCACUGCUCCCAUUCGGCCGUUUAUAUACAUGGGCCAGACAGGAAGUAGUUCA